AUGGAUGCCGGCGAGCCCGACCAGACUCCUUUCGCAGCGGUCACCGCGCAGACCUCGCGGCUGCAGCGCCACUACCAGGCUCUCCUCGAUCAGUCAACGCCUUUUGUGCUGUAUCGAUGGAUCGGCACUGGUGCCUUUCUCAUGGUCUUCUUCCUGCGCAUUCUCUUCGCGCAAGGCUGGUAUAUCGUUGCGUACGCCCUGGGUAUCUACCUCUUGAAUCUCUUCCUCGCCUUCCUGCAGCCCAAGUUUGACCCCUCAAACGAUGCUCUGGACAACGAUAUGGAGGAUGGAUCUGCCGGUGGUCUCCCGACCAAGCAGGACGAGGAGUUCCGACCAUUCAUUAGGCGCCUCCCCGAGUUCAAGUUCUGGCACUCGGCUACUCGCGCCAUUGCCAUCUCCUUCUUGUGCAGCUGGUUCGAGAUCUUCAACGUUCCCGUUUUCUGGCCCGUUCUGGUCAUGUACUGGAUCAUCCUUUUCGUCUUGACCAUGCGAAAGCAAAUCCAGCACAUGAUCAAGUACCGCUACGUGCCCUUCUCCUUCGGCAAAGCUCGAUACAACAAGAACAGCAACUAG